ACGACUGAAGAAAACCAUAAAAAAAGUCACUUUCUGGAGCUAAUUUUUAUAACCACAGUCAGUGUGCUUCUCCUGACAGUGUAGGUAGUGGCGCUUAUACCAUGCCAUCAGUAAAAUGCUACAGCUUUUUUUAACAUGGUGACUAAGAAGAUAAACAUGUUUCCUCUGAGCUCCCUGCGAUAGGAGCUGUUUGCCCACUGGUGUUGACUUACGGACUUUGUAGCAGCGGUCUUUUAUUUCCUCGUAGCCGUAAACUUUAGAUUUUUUCCUGCACAAUGGAUAAUAAUUACAAAUCCAAACAAAAAGGAGGACACCUAAAUAGAAGACGACUAUUGUUGCUGCUAUGCCUGGCAGGUCUUCACCCGGUGCUGUCCUCAGAUCAGACAAACCCUGAGCCAGAUGAUGAUGACAACGAGGGAAUAGAAGUGGUCAUCAGUGGUCCGAACUAUGUGACAGUGGGUGUGCCAAGCAGUGCCGAGUGUGUUUCCAGCUGCAGUUCAUGUACCUACUCCAUGUCCGUGGAUGGCCAAGCUGCACAGGGUCAGGGGAAUGUACUAGCUUUCACUCUCAACGUCUGGGUGGAGACUUUAACAGUGACAUGUACAGUCACUAAUGACACUACUGGAGUGACUGCCACAACAGUAAAGAAGAUGCAGGUGUUAGUUGGACCUGUCAAUGUUUCCAUCACAGGCUCUGAACUGAUCAAUCCAUCAGUGAGCUACACCUUCAGCUGCCACGCCUACUGUCGGCCGUCCUGCUCUUACACCUGGAAAAUAGACAAAGGCCCAUGGGUUAGUGGUCAAGGAAAUGUUAUUUCUGUCACACCAAAGGAGAUGGAUGUUUCCAAGACUCUCAUCUGCAAGGCCACUAAUACUGUGUCUGGACUGUUUGUUGCCGCAACUCACAACAUAGUUGUGACAUCUGGUCCAUCAGACAUCCAGAUAAAGGGCCCCGAUGUUGUAGAAGUUGGAGAAAAGACUAAAUAUGUCUGUACUGCAGAAUGCCGGCCUUCUUGUCGCUAUGUAUCGUCUGUGGACAGUCAGUCUAUGCGGGGAAAUACAGUUGAGGUGACAGUUGAGCAUCCUUCAGAAUUGUACACAGUCAAGUGUGAGGCACAAAAUACUGCUUCAAGAAAGACAGUCACAGCAUCUAAAACUGUACAGAUAAAAGGGUCAAACCGGAAUCUUUCAACUCGGCCUGAGGAGACUACAGCACUGCUGUUUUUGGCCUUCAUCAUUACAAUGCAGGUUCUGUGAAUGAAUCCGUGUUGAAGUAAGGAAGUACAACUGGGGAAAAUGAGUGACUCAUGUGCCUACAAUCUCCUGUGAUGUGUAAUUCUCUUCUGUUUGCUUCUCAAGUUGACAAUGGGCUGAGCCCUAUUUGCUUUUUCUAUAUGACUCAAAAAUCUACAUAAGUGUGAAUGUAAAGGUGUGACCACAUGAAAGACCCACAUUUGUAAAGAUAUUCAAGGUGUCAGCUACACUGGUUUGGCUUGAAUGCGGAAUUCAUUUCAUGAUUCUACAUGUUUCUUCAGGCCAGCAGUUGAAUAAAAUCAAACGUACUGAUGGUUUUCAGCACAA